AUCACACAACACAAACGAGAGCUCAUGUUCUACAUAUGAACCUUUUCAUGCUUGCUGCCCUGCCCUGCCAAGUUCCAAGUUCUUGACUUCAUGAGGCCUAACCCUAAAACUUGUGUGCUUUGCUUCCCAAAGAAAAGGGUGUUGAUUUACACAUGCCAUGAGAUCUACUUGGCUUUUGCCACGUGCAUAGAGUUGGACUUUGACCCACUUUUUCUUUGUAUCCAUAGUUAUGACUUGUGGUGCUUGUUAUUCCCACAAAGUAAAAAGACACUCACUUUCAAAGAGCAUUAAUUAAUAUUGUUGUAACCUUCUUUUGUCCCCUCAUCACAACCUUUCUUUUUUAACCUUUUCCUUGAAGCUCAAGCAUCCUCAUUUCCCAAAGUGAAAUGAAGAACAGUGUCCUCUCAUGUCAUGUGUGUAUGUUGGGGAACUUCCCACCAUGUUUGUCAAUUUUGAGCUUCGUUACAUGUGCUUUUCUUAUAUACUAGCUAACUUGUUGCAAAAUUUGGAGGGUAAUAACAAAGCAUGUCCUUUGUGGUAAACAUCAAUAGUAAUUUCUCAAUUGAAUAGUAAGGAAUAGUUUAUAGUAUAAACUAUUGUGACUUUAACUAUAUCAUUUCUUAAUUUGGACAACAAAAUUGUUCGAAGUGUUUAAGAUAAUAAUACAACAUGUUACAUAGUUGAAUAUACAUACAUUAUUUUUCGUCAAAAUUUUGAUUAUUGGUUUAUUUCAGUAGUAAUCCACCUAAGGUAGGUUAUAUCGUAACUAAUGUGUUAGAAGGAAGUUCAUUUCUCACUUAACUUCAACUCCAAAUAUCCAAAUAAAAUGCAACCGCCACUUCAAUAAAAUUGCAUUUUAUGAUAAUAUGAUAUAGCUUACUGAUUUACCUCUUAAUUUCCCCUAUAAUGAAAGAAAGGAUUCAUUGAGGAAAUUGCUUUGAUCCCGAAGAUGAGUUUGUGUACACUUGUCUGACUCUUUUAUUCUUAUUUUCUUUAGUGUCUAACUAUUUUGUUUGUGAGUACGAUGUAUUCAUAUUUAAUUCUUCGAUAUAAGCUAUUGUGCCAUUUUUCAGUCUAUAGAAUCGACAACAAAGUAUAUGCUGGAUUUUUAGUGCCAAACAUACAAACAAUCUCAAUCUAUACCACGUUGGCCGUCAAACUUCUUUUCCAUAGAACACAAUUUCAAAUAAUUUCAAUCGCUCUAUCUCGUGAUUUAUGAUUGUUAGGUAUUUGAUUUCUCUAAAUUUAGUGUUGAGUUAACAUAUCAGAACUUGAUACUUGGUUCAACCAUCACUACUAGAUCAUUAAUUACAAGACUAAACAAGUAAUUAAGCUAACAAAAUCUUACCCACCCAAAUUGCUACAGGGCCAAAGGCCCAAAAGAAAAAAAGAGGGAAAAAAUAAAUAUAAAUAUUAAAAAACAGCAGGUUUACUCACUAGAAAGUCUAAACCUCAAAUUUCCCUCUUUUCUCAUCAGCUUCAAACCCACCCCUCUCCCCCUCCUUCGACCUUCUCCUACCCGCUCUCUCCGCACACACAGAUCAAUCUCCAAAUCCCAAUCUCGAGAAACCUUCCGGCGAACCAGCCGGAAGAAACCUCAACCGGCGUAGAAAAACUCACUCACCCACUUGAAACUUUCCCGCGUUUCACGAAUUUUCCGUCCCUCUGGGGUCUUGGGGAUUGAUUCUUCCAAUUCGGUGAAUUGGGUUCCGUCUAAAAGAAUGGCGACUGGUGGACCCGGAGCCCACCAGGAAGAAGGUGACAAGACCCUCUCCGCUGCUACCCCUGCUGCUGGCGGUGGUGGUGGGGCCGUCGCGUCUAGAGGCGGCGGCGGAGGUGGAGGGGCCAGGUCGUGGGGGACAACCACCGCCUCGGGCGGUCAAUCGGUGUCAACGAGUGGCAGCGUGGGGUCUCCGUCGAGCAGGAGCGAGCAGGCUAUCGCCACGCCGGCCAGCGACAACACUUACCUACGGCUGAACCAUCUCGACAUUCACGCCGACGACGCCGCUACCCAGGAUGCUGCGGCUAACAAGAAAAAGAAAAGAGGUCAACGGGUAGUAGGAGCUGAUAAAAGCGGUAGAGGUCUCCGACAAUUUAGCAUGAAAGUGUGUGAAAAAGUAGAAAGCAAAGGCACAACCACUUACAAUGAGGUGGCAGAUGAACUUGUAGCAGAGUUUGCUGAUCCUGGUGGUGUUGCUCCAGCAGGCCCAGACCAGGUCCAACAAUAUGACGAGAAAAACAUACGGCGGAGGGUGUAUGAUGCCUUGAAUGUCCUCAUGGCUUUGGAUAUUAUAUCUAAAGAUAAAAAAGAAAUUCAGUGGAAAGGUCUUCCACGGACCAGUCUGAGUGACAUUGAGGAACUGAAGGCCGAACGGCUCUCAUUGAGAAAUAGGAUUGAAAAGAAAGCACACUAUUUGCAAGAACUGGAGGAACAAUAUGUAGGGCUUCAGAAUUUGAUACAACGAAACGAGCACCUAUACAGCUCUGGAAAUGCUCCAAGUGGGGGUGUGUCACUGCCUUUUAUUCUGGUGCAGACUCGACCCCACGCAACUGUGGAGGUAGAAAUAUCAGAGGAUAUGCAGCUCGUCCAUUUCGACUUCAAUAGCACUCCAUUCGAGCUCCACGACGAUAACUAUGUACUGAGAGCAAUGAAACUCAGCGAUAACGACUCGACACCAAGCAUGGUGAUCGACGCAGAUGACCAAGGAUCUCGAAUGUUCCAGCAACAGCAACAACAUUUGCUUCCUGCUACUGUCACAACUACCCCAGUGAGGGCUGCUCCCACUUCGCCGCCCAUUCCCGGGAUCAUUAAAUCACGUGCGAAGCACGAGCAUUGACCUAUCUCGCGGUUCGAUCGAUCCUCUUUUUGUGUAUAUCCAUGUAAAGUAGUCAAUGGCUAAGAGAAAAGUGCCUUUGUUGUUGACGAUGGUGAUCAUUGUAAUAGAUGAUUAGAGGUUAGGUUAAGUCGCAAGCGGGUUAGCUAUCUGGUGCUGUUUAGGCGGCAAAAUCCAGAGGAUUUGUCCAGGCAUAGAGAUUAGAGAGAGCUAUCUUACAUGAUCUAGAAGUUUUAUUGGGAUAUAUAAUGAAUUGGAUGCACCAUAAUUCCAAAUAUUCAUCCAUUGUUAUCCUACAUUCUAACCGCUGCAUUGUGGGUUAGGGUUUAGUUUUUCGUCUCAGAGCACUAUGGGGUUCAAAUGAACGUUGGUCAGAUUGGCGGUUGACCCAUAGGAUCGGUUACAACUUACAAGUAGGGAUCAAUGGGAAGGAAGUACAAUAUCAAGAAAUUCAGUUCAAUCGGUAGGAGACAUGAAACUAAAGCAUGAUCCAAUGAAGAGAAACCUUAGCAGUGGAGCGCAUCAAACUCCUGAAAAUGCACGAAAUUCGGGUCGAUUCUGGUGAUACAAGAAGGCUUCCCCUCAAGGUGAUUCACUUAGUACAACGUGUUGGUCUGCAAGUCAAAUUUUUGGACCACAAUACUGUAAAUCACCUUUUCCCGAGCCGAGGUAAUACAGUCAGAUGACGGGAAGCAGAUCUUCGCUAGAUUCGCUGAGGUGGAUACCUGCACAGUCGUCGAGGCUGAUUGGGUGUAGAUUCCAUCUCUGAAAUCGUUUCCAACACCGUAGUUGGUUUAAAGUCUGUGGACCCCACAGACUUUAAGGGUCCAGAUCGCUCCACGAACUUGAAAGUUCCACCUCUUUAUGAGGGAAUUGAUCAUGGACUUUGAAGUCCAUAAUUUAUCCCAAACUACCAUUCCUACUAUAUUUCUCUUCUCAUACAAAUGAGGGCAAUAUAGGUCAAUUUUACUU